AUGGACGCUAGAAGUCUGCUUAGGGCAAAAAAAGCUGAAAGAGGCACAGCUGCAUCUGCGAAAGGCAGGAAAAGGCAAGCGGAGACUGUAGAGAUUGGCUCAGAGAAGAAGCGUAGAUCUGAAGUUGGUGUGGAAGAAACUCAAUCUCAACGAGACUUGCCUGGUGAUUUCUUCGAUGGUGGUGUAGAUUCUACAACGCAUAGCGAUGCGAAAGAUUCUCCUGAAGAGCGCACUCAACAAGAUACCAACGACAAUGCACCAACUGAGCAGCCACAACAACCACAACAACCACAACAACCACAACAACCACAACGAUCAAUAGAAGACGAGCUAAUGGCAUUCGAUAAUGAAAUAUCCCAACUGGACACUCAACCACAGCAACCCGCAUACAACCCCCAAGUAUACGCAAAUGCAACUAUAUCUGCAGAUCCCAUCCUCAAUACACAAACUAACGCUUUGAACGAUGGUCUCCCCGAUUCUACUGUACCCUCUCACAGCGAACGCGCGAAAGUCGUCAGCGAGGAGCAGAAACGAAUGGAUGAGGAGGAGAAAUUGCGCAGGAUACAGGCCUACGAGAAUGAAGACUAUGCUUUGCGAUUGGAAGAAGAAGCUCGAGCGCAAGAGGAGGCUGAUGCUAGAGUCUCAGCUCUCAAAUCACGCAUGGAGGAGAUUAAAGCUCGUAGGCGUAAGUGA